AUGGCUGAAAUCGACAACACAAAGCCGACGGAGCUGCAUCCGACCGAGGCCGUUUCUAGCUCGGAAAAGCGAUCCAACUCAAUCACAUCUGCCCUAUCUCCGGCGGAGGCAGAGUCGACAGCUGAUACUGCAAAGCCACAACGACCAAAGACCGGCGGUGACGCUGCUCUUGACCUACUCAACGAGACGGGACGUCUGAGCCAGACAGCCGAUCCGGAGCUUAACCAAAGGCUGAAGCGCCGUAUCGAUACCCACAUCAUGCCUCUGAUCUGCAUCGUGUACUUCCUGCAGUAUAUUGACAAAACAUCCAUUUCUUACGCCAGCGUGACUGGCAUUCAGCAAUCUACCGGUCUUCACGGCAACCAGUUCAACUGGGUUGCCUCCAUCUUCUUCUUCGGCCAGCUCGCGUUCGAGUUUCCCACCAUCCGGCUCAUUCAGAUGUUCCCUCUGGCAAAAUACACCUCCAUAAACGUUACUCUGUGGGGCCUCGUCCUGGCUUGUCUUGCGGCUUGCAAGAACUAUGCCAGUCUUCUAGUCUGCCGUUUUCUCCUCGGCGUCCUCGAAGCUGCUAUCGUUCCGGCCUGGGUUCUCUUCACUUCGCAGUGGUACACCAAACAAGAGCAGGCAUUCCGCGUCGGCAUCUGGUUCUCGGUCUGUGGUGCAGCCCAGAUGUUUGGGGGCUUUUUCGCAUACGGUGUUGCAGUCCAUGUCGGAAAGGACCCCGACGCCGCCCUCCGUGGGUGGCAGAUAAUCUUCCUGUUCCUCGGCCUACUGACAGCUGCCGUCGGAGUUGCCUUUUGGUUCAUCAUGCCAGACUCGCCAGCUUCCGCAAAGUUCCUUUCCCAUCAAGAAAAGGCAGCUCAUCUCGAGCGCAUUCGUGACAAUGAGCAGGGCAUUGGCUCGCAGCAGUUUAAGUGGAAGCACGUCAAGGAGGCUCUUCUCGACACGAUGACCUGGCUUUACGCCUUCUGGAUCUUCGCGGCCAACAUCCCCAACUCCAUCGCGACUAGCUUCGGCAAUAUCCUUGUGAAGGGCAUGGGCUACACGGGUGAGGAAUCGUUGCUCCUCGUGACCCCGCUCGGCGCCUAUGAGAUUGUUGCAUUGCUUGGUCUGACGUGGUUGGCGAUGAAGACACGACAGCGGCUUUACUGGUGCAUUGCUGGUCACAUUCCUGCCAUCAUCGGCGCCAUUCUGAUGGCGACUACGUCAAAGGUGCCCGCCCUCAUCGGAUACUACACUUCGGGAGGUAUCCCGAUCGGAUGGACGACGAUCUUGGGCCUCCAGAGCUCCAACGUAGCCGGUUCUACCAAGAAGAUUACCGUUGCUUGCAUUGGUACAAUCGCAUACACCGUUGGUAAUAUCAUCUCACCCCAGACUUUCCAAGCCCGUGAUGCGCCAAGGUAUCUGCCCGCCAAGAUCUCAAUCUGUAUCAUCUACUUUCUGGUCACGGUGGACUUGUUUGUGAUGCGUUGGGUACUGGAUCGAAGAAACAAGAAGCGUGAUGCGGAAAAGGCUGCGCUUGGGGAUGCAUACAAGGUGGAAGAAAAUCAUGAGUUCUGGGAUCUCACCGAUCUCGAGAACAAAGAAUUCAGGUAUGAGCUUUGA